AAUUGAACAGUGAAAACAGAAUUAUCACAGACGUAUUUUUCAUUUUAUUCUAUGUGUAUCAGUUUUUGAAAGAGACAUUACCUAUUUGUCAAAGGAAAUAUUCGAACUAUUUGACAUUAUCCAGAGUCAUGUCACACUAUCGAAUAAUGGAGAUGCACAAGUGAAUUAAAAAAAAACACCUUAAUUUUCCAUUUUUUUAAAAACGAAAAUCAUGUUGUUGGAUAGCUUUAUGAAUGACAAUAACGGAAACGCUGCUUACCAAGCAAACUCUAGUCCUAGUAUGGCUUCUAUUCUAAAUAUGAAUGGAAAUGUGGCGAUGGAAAAUUCCAGACAGUCCGCUUUUGUUCUAAGUAGUCCACCGCUAGCUGCUUUACAUAAUAUGACAGAAAUGAAGACCCCAGUUUCAUCAUCAUCAAACUUUUUUUCACAAAAUGGAUCCGCAUCAGCAGCUUGGAAACAUGCUUUUAACAACGGUACUCCUCAUGGUAUAAAUGACAUUUUGGGUAGACCGCUUGGACUAGCGGGUUUCAAUGCUGCAGGAAUGUAUUUAAACCCUAGAGCUAGAUUUCCUAAACUCGCAGAACUUCCAGGCAGACCUCCUAUAUACUGGCCCGGAAUAUUUAAUGGACCAAAUCCUUGGAGAGCUUCAGGCUCGAAUGUUGUCAUGGACAAGGAUGGGAAAAAGAAACACACACGACCGACAUUUUCCGGUCAGCAAAUAUUUGCUUUAGAGAAAACAUUUGAACAGACAAAGUAUUUAGCGGGUCCAGAAAGGGCAAGACUUGCUUAUGCGCUUGGGAUGUCUGAAAGUCAAGUCAAGGUGUGGUUUCAAAACAGACGCACAAAAUGGAGAAAGAAACAUGCUGCUGAAAUGGCAACAGCUAAAAAGAAACAAGAACAAGUUGAGGAUAUGGAAGGAAAUUCGGACAUGGACGAAGACACGUCGGACAGUUCCGGAAAACUAAACGAUCAUUUAAGUGACUACCUUGAUUCUAAUUUAUCGUAAAUAUGAAUCUCAUAUAACGUUGCAAUGACAAGGCUAUAGUGCUAUAUGUGGAAACGGAUCCGUCAACUAUUGAUGGUGGAAUAAAUUAACAAAGUUGCAAUAACAUUAUCAUAUGCCAUGUGUUCACAUCAUACCACGUGAUUUUCUUUAAAAAAUGCUAUAUGUGGACACUGGCUGGAUCUUUCUACAUUGCAAUAGUAUUUGGCUAGCAGAGAGAAAGACCGUAAUAAAGUUGACAUGUUAGUUAUUAAGUUAGCCUUUAAGGUAAAGGUCAUAUGAACUCACUUUGUAUUUAUUGUUCUUGGUGUUAUUAUGAGAUGUACAUUUUUAUUUUAUUUCUUCAGUAUAUGUGAGAGGUGUAUAUUUAAUUCACUGCCAUAAAUAUUCAUUAGCUAUGAGGAACAUUUCCUCCUUAACCAAACAUGCCUACAAUUAGUUGGAGUGAAAACCUGUCUGUGAAAUUUCAUGAAAACAAUCGACCCAAAGUCUUUUAAUGCUUUCAUUUGAAUGCACAAUACAAAACACAAUGAAGUUAAACUCCCUCUUUUAACUUAACGAGAAACAAAUAGACAAUAUUGCAACUUAAGAUAACUUUAGUAGCUACAAUUUUAAAUGUUGACAUUGAUGUGAGGUCAUCUGGCCCAUAAUAUUAGUUACAACCAUCGCUUUCAGUCCGCCGACAGUCAACUUCUUUUUACAAUUAUGUUUUCCUGUAAAAUUAUAUAAGCAAUCCGAACAAAGUUUUUAUUGGUUUGUCAUAAAUCAGGCCGUUGGUGUUUUUGUUUUUGUUUUUUUGUUUAAAUUGUUUUACAUUUUGUCAUGUCGGGACUUUUUAUAGCUGACUAUACGAUAUGAGUUUUGCUCAUUGUUGCAGGCCGUACUGUGACCAAUAGUUGCUUAAAUCCGCUUCAUUUCGACUCUGUUGGAUUCUGUUAGGAACUUUUAAAGCCAAAUAGACUUGACUUUUUCAAACAUGACGAUUAUGCAACACACUACAAAGAUUCCCCAUUUGUCGGUUGGGAAACAAUAAUGCCACACGCAUUUAUAUUUUAAGAAAAAGCAAUAAUAAUGCAUGUAACGAUAAUGGAUUCCUAAAAAUUCUCCAUUUUGUUCCUAUAUGAUGAAAAACGAGGCUCCCUCAAUCAUUCUUGAAUUAAAGAGGUCACUAUUCAGAUUCACUCCCUACAAACAAUCAGGUGAACGGAGCUAGCCCAUUGGUGCCUCUAUUUUUUUUUCUUUUCAAAAGGCGAAGUUAAUUUACAAAUUCAUUGAAAACUUGAUGUUUUAGGUAUUAUUCUUUUGUAAUUAAAAAAUAUAUUCAUAGAUUGACUUUGUAUGGGAUGCUCAUCAUAUGACCUUUUUAAAUAAGAUAAGAUAGUAUUAGGUUUUGUGAUCUUAAUGAAUGAAACCCAAGACACCAUUAAAAAUUGUUUCGAUACUAAAUAUAUCAUUUUUCCAUAGUUCUGUUUUAGGACAUAUUUAACGGUAAAAGAUUCCAUUACUAACCAUGCAUAUAGUAUGACUCGAGUUAAUGUCUAGAUCUUUAGGUACAAUAUUGAAAGUACUGAAUACACAUCGAAAGAGAACUAAAGUACUACAUCCAUAUCUGAAAACAUCAUUUUUUCAAUGGUUUAUUUAUUUGUAUCAAAUGACUUGCAGUAUUUUGAUUAUUUCAUUCCCUGGAUUGAAUAUUAAAAUGCGACUUAUGUUCUAUUUCGUCAAUGGUCCACCUGUGUUUUAUCUUUGUAUGAUUCCAACGAACAUUUCACCAAAACGUUAAGUGUUGUAAAUCCCCCAAUAGUCUUUUAAAUUCGGUUCGAUGUUUGCCUUUUACUUAAUUAUAUCCUUAUUUUAGCCAAUAUACCUGUUUCGUCUCUGUUAUUCGAAAUCUGUGAUAAGCUAUACAUGAUACAGGUUACAGGUACAUUCUUGUUUAUCUAUACCGUUUGAAGUCUUUUUCUGAGCGACAAUUUUAUUUGAAAAAAAUUGUUUUGUAAGUCCGGAAGUUAGGGAUUUUUUCUAUAUUGUAAUAGAUUAAUCGGCCUAUCGAUAUAAUAUAGCUUUCUAAAAUUUUAUAUUUUAGGUUAGUUUGACAGGAUAGUCAUGAUAGUUGCCUUUUUCAAGAUUUCAAUGUUUUAGAAAUAAUUUAGUUGAACCAUUACGGCACAUGGCUAUGUUAUGUUGCUAUUGUUUCCUUUCAGUUUUGAACUUUUUAACAUUUAUUAUCAAGAUUUGUAUUUAAUUUAUAUAUAGUUGGAAUUUGAAAAAAAAAAAUGUGACAAAUCACAUUUUAAAAAGAUAGCAAGAGCAAGAGUAUUGCCUCUCUUUUUCUAAUAAAAGGAACAUAAGCAAACCCGGAAAUAUAUUUUUUUAUUGAAAUAUUUUCUCCGAGUUAAAAAGGUAAGUAAAUGGGAGGCCCAGGAACGAGAAAAAGUAAUCAAUUUUAAACGUCAUAUAGUCAUUUGUACCUUAAGCCUUAAAAUCCAAUAAGAGGUCGACCCUUUAAACGUUGGUACUUUAUUUUCAUACAAUGAACUUUAAGGAAAUUAAAGUCUGUAAAUAGAUUUAACCUCAUGCUAGACCAAAGAACGCUAGUAGGGACAAUUCUAUUCAAACGGUUGUUCAAUAACAACCACGACUUUUCAAUAUAUCACCCAAUAUUGACAGAGGAAAGCUUAUAUUCAUUAGUCUAUCAUUAAUCAGGAUUUUGUUAUCAAAAGCUUAUUUAGCUCUCGCCACCUUCAACGGUGCCCGAGGAAUGUGCAAUGUGCCAUGUUAGGUUGUUAUCUUGAUAAAGAAAGGAAAUACAUUUCUUGCUGUGUCCAAAUCUUGCCACUUUUUCAAAAUGACUUUGAAAAAUUGCUUAAAAUACGUAAAUGAAUUUAUUUGUACUAUUUUAGAAAUUAUAGUAGCCGUAAAACAUUUGUUACGUGUAAAUAAUCCCAUUUCAUCUAGAACUUUUUAGGAUAACAAAUGUUUAGAUACAGGAUAAAAGAAGAAUUUUACGUGUAAUUAAUCACAAUUCUUUAAAAAAAAUAUUUGUAUAAUUGACAAGAUUUAAUAGCAUUUUUUAUAUCUCACCUCAUUAGUACGUAAGGAAUGGUGAAAUAAUCCUCGGUUACUAUUCUUUGUAGAAACAAAAAUUUAUAAAAAUACAUACUUAUAUAUGUGAAAUGUUAGAAAACAAAGGGAUAAUGAAUUUCAUUUGUAGUGCAAUAUCAGCAAUAAGAAUUUUAUGACUUCAGAUCUUUCAUAGACCUGUUUCCCAGAUUUACAUGUAGUUUAUUGAUUGUGUUUUUAAAAGAAGACAUUAUAACCUUGUCUCUUAUAUUUGAGUGAAAAAAGGGUUUUUGUUUUUUUAUAAAUAUUUAGCAUUCAUGAGUCAAAUGUUACAUUUUCAUUCGGUAUCCAAAUAAAAUAAAUAUCCUUGAUCGGUAGUUUAAAAAACUCAACAUUUGACUGAAAUUCAAGGAGUGUGUGCAGAAAUUAUAUAACAUGAGAUGCUAAUAUUGUAAACAGACUAUAAAAGAACAAUAGAAUAUAAGAAAUUAAUUUAAAAGAGAUCAUCGUUUGGAAAUAAAAAUUUCUUCAUCCAAAUAUAAGAGACAACGUUCUGCAGUUUCCACAUCAUUUUUUGACUAUUGGAGAAACAUUUCUAAGUUCAUUCAAAUACGUAUGGCUUAUGAUGAUGUGUACGUAAAGUUAGUUCUACUAUACCUUUCAACUUGUCAGGUAAAUGAUCUGUAUUAUACUAAUAUACUACAGAAGUACGAUACAAGGCAGUGCCAAUAUGAUUUUGGCAGUUAAAUGAACCUUCUUGUUGAAGAAAUAUAUACAGCGGGAAUAAUUAUAUUAAAUAUUUUUAUUUGAAAAAAAUGAAUGUAUAUGUGACAGAUGUAAAAUAAAACUUUAUUAAAACUA